AUGACGGAGAAGAGUAGUAACGUCAUUUUCUAUAUUACAUUGGGUAUAAUGGUCGGAUGUGGCAUUUGCAUUUGGAAGUUCUCGGGAUUCUCUCAUGACGUUGCCAAGUUCAAUAUGAUCUUGGUGGCGUUUUUAGCAGUGAUUAUGGUUCAGACCCUGCUCUUUACACCCGUCAAGUUCACGGCAAUAGCCAUUGAUGCUGCUUUCUGGCCAACUCAACAAGAACCCUUGACGCCCGAUCCAAAUGCUACGGUUGGGACACAAAUGAACGCCUUGAGACUACAAUUGAAGUCGUUAAAAAGUAAGCUCCUCAUCACAGAAAGACAUCGAAAUGAGAGGGUCAAUCUGAAGUACCGCCUGAUAAAAAAGGAUAUUUUCCUAACCGGAAAGCUGUUCUUAAUCCUGUUCGUCAUGGUUUUGUUGAUGUUUAAUGAGUCGCUUUUCUAUAAUACCCAAACCACGCGAGAUCUCUUUGAAUAUGACCAUAAGAAAACAAUUGGAUUAAGAAGUUUGAUAGACGUGAAUGAUUUGUAUACCUUCCUAGAGUAUUCCUUGGUAAUGGCAUUUACGGACGAGGCCAACACCGUUGGAGGAUUUCCUUGGACUCAUGUGGAGGGCACCAGGAUGUUGGGAGUGGUGAGACUAAGGCAGAUCAGGACAGAGGACUACCACAUGGGUCUGAGGGCACCCGUUUUCACCCAGGCUGACUUUUCGGAGAGCUGGAAACUGCCCUAUGAAAGAGUACCGUAUACGGACAAGUACUGGCCUAUCUACAUGCCCUGGAUUUCGAUAGCUCCAACACUUCGGGAUACCUUGACCAUGACCAUCGUUCACCACGGGAAAUUCAUCAAUUACCCGGAAAAAAUUGGAUACGUUACUUUGCUCUCGGACACCCGCACCAAAAGUAAAUUGAUACUUCAGUACUUGUUGCAGAAACGCUGGCUGGAUUCGAAUACGACGGCACUGUUUAUGGACUUUAGUUUGUACAAUGUGGAUUCGAACACUUUUAGCGUGUGCACACUGUGGGUGGAGCAGUUUCCUUUCCGGGGCGUCAAACACCAUUUGGAGGUCGAAAGUCACGUUUUCGUGGAGCAACUUCGAGAUAUUACCCUUUUUGGAAUGCUUAUGCUGUUCGUCACCUUUUUUGAAUGGCUGCAGUUCGCCAAGGCAUUUUUUGUUAAGGUCUGGUACGAACCGCGUCUCUUGAAAACUCCAUGGAUCAUGGUGGAUGCCGUGAUCUUGAUUCUCAGUAUGUCAGUUGUGAUCAUAACAGCGUUUCGGGAUUACUUGUCACAGAAAAUGAUCAGAAAAGUGGAAAUCUCCGUGAUGGUGGAGUUUGUAGAUUUCCGCGAACCUUCUCGGCUCUCCCACUUCUCUAAUGUGGUAAAAGGCUUUACCGUGGCCCUUGUCACCUUGCGACUUUGGAAGGCGUUGCAGUUUUCGCCCACCUUUCAGCUGUUCACCAAAACCAUAUUUUUGGCAUGGCAAGCGCUUAUUUGGACUUUGGUGAUAAGCAUUAUAUUUAUUGCCGCCAUUAGCAUAUCCACCGUGACAAUUAACGGCAACAAUACCUAUUCCUUCAGCGACAUGUCCAAGGGCCUUGUUACGGUCACCUGUUUCGCCUUCGGCUACACUAAUAUCGUGACCCCGGAGGAACUAUUUCACGGUGGAAAGUGGCUGGGCAUUAUAUUGUACGUCAUAAUGGGAUUUCUGGUCGAGUACAUGCUGGUCAAUUUGAUUGUGUCAAUGCUCCGGGAUCAAAUGGUUUCUAUUAAGUCGAAAAAGGAUAGCCAGCAGGGUCAGCGAUUAUCCUUUUGGGAAUUCCUUCGCGUGGAACACGCUGGUUUUUUAAAUUUUAUUUUAAAGAUGUUCAAGAUCAAGACAAGCUACAGUUCGAAAAAUCGAACUGUAGCGCAGAAUAUCGAACAAAAUCUGAAAAAUAUAGAGGAAAAGAGUAUGGGAACCUUAAAAAUUAAAGGCUACACGGAAACGACUACGCGGCCAAGCGGGAAAGUGCUCCAGCUGAGGUAUAGAGAGCGCAUCGAACGAACCCUCGCCGUGGCCGCAAUCCUCCAUGCCCAAAUGGAUCUCAUCGAGCGGCUAAUGUUUGGGGAUGAAGAUGGAAAUCUGCCAAAAAUGGACGAGGAUAAAGAGCCUGCUUCUACUCCGAGCAGUAUCAAAUAA